AUCAACCACUCAAGAAGGAAGAAAAAUAAAAACGCUACCAACUCUAUUUCACAGUGUUGUGUAAUUUCUUCUUUCCCUCAUCUUCUCCAGAAAGAAAAACAAAAAGAUGUGGUUUUUUGGAUCGAAAGGAGCAUCUGGAUUCUCGUCUCGUUCCACUGCAGAAGAAGUCACAAAUGGUGUUGAUGGAACUGGUCUCACUGCCAUAGUUACAGGAGCAUCGAGUGGUAUAGGAGUAGAGACAGCGCGCGUUCUUGCAUUGCGUGGUGUGCAUGUGGUUAUGGCUGUGAGGAACACUGGCUCUGGUGCUAAAGUUAAGGAAAAUAUUGUCAAUCAAGUCCCUGGUGCUAAACUUGAUGUCAUGGAGUUAGAUCUCAGCUCACUGGAAUCUGUCAGGAAAUUUGCAUCUGAGUACAAAUCUGCUGGUCUUCCACUCAACCUUUUGAUCAACAACGCUGGGAUCAUGGCUUGUCCUUUUAUGCUCUCUAAGGACAACAUCGAGCUGCAAUUCGCAACCAACCAUUUAGGUCAUUUUCUGUUGACCAAACUUCUGCUAGAUACAAUGAAGAACACAUCACGUGAAAGCAAACGAGAAGGAAGGAUUGUUAACCUAUCAUCAGAAGCUCAUAGGUUCUCGUACCCAGGAGGAGUCCGCUUUGAUAAGAUCAAUGACAAGUCAAGUUACAGUAGUAUGCGAGCUUAUGGACAAUCCAAACUCUGCAAUGUAUUACACGCCAACGAGCUUGCCAAGCAACUGAAGGACGAUGGAGUCAAUAUAACAGCAAAUUCACUUCAUCCAGGAGCCAUUAUGACAAAUCUCGGGCGCUACUUCAACAGCUAUUUGGCUGGAGCUGUUGGUGCAGUGGCUAAAUAUAUGCUCAAGACUGUUCCACAGGGGGCAGCUACAACUUGCUAUGUGGCAUUGAAUCCUCAGGUUGCAGGAGUUACAGGCGAAUACUUUUCAGAUAGUAACAUUGCUAAACCAUUACCACUUGCUAAAGAUUCAGAAUUGGCCAAGAAGGUUUGGGAUUUCAGCACUAAGCUUACAGAUUCGAAAUCAGGAGAAAGUAGUUCUUGAAAGUAAAUAGAUGUUCAGUGAAUGUUUACCAUAGUGGUUUCUACGUUUCAGUCUCUAUUGUGAAGUUGUGAUACUUAUUUCAGUGUAUGUCAAAGGAAAUAAAAUGUAUAACAAAACUAUCAUCAUUUCAACUCUGCAAAAAGGUGUUUUAGUUCUGGCUCUUA